CGCAAACGUCAAAGACAUUUCCGGUCAUCAUGAGAAAGAACGUUAUCGGUGCAAUUUUGCUGUGCUCAUUAGCUGCACUUUGCAAUGCUGAUUGCCCUGCUCCCCCGAAGCACUACUCAGAACUGGGAUGUAAACCAAUUAAAGAUCAGGGUUACGAUUGCCCAAAUAGAUACGACUGUACAACAUUGCGGAAACGUGACAAUCAAAAGUGUCACUUCAAUGGCAACUCCUAUGAACCUGGAACUUCACUAUCCGAUGAUGACCAAGCAUUGGUACCUUGCUCGCCAGCCUGUCGUUGCAUGAACUACUCCUCGCCAGCUUCCUUCAACUGUGCCACCAACGAAUGUCCGGAGUUUUUCAGACGAAAGGAAAACUGCAUCUACCAGUACACCAAGGGUCAAUGUUGCACCACGGGUCCCGCCAUUUGUGGCAAGAAAAUUGAAGAACUCGGCAAGUGCCACCUCGAGGGAAAGCUCUACCGAGAGGGUGAGCCGAUGUUUCCGGAGAAGAAUUCCUGCUACAAGUGCCACUGCAAGCAGGGAUUUGAUAACAGUACCGUGGUGGGCAAUCCGAACUGUUACGAAAUCAACUGUGGUAUUGAGCUGAGGAACGCGGAACGGUUGGCCCUUGGGUGUAUUCCGGUUUACUUUGGAAACGAUCGGUGCUGUCCGAUUUCGUGGAGAUGUCCUGAAGACAAGGAUACAAUCAUUGAAGUGGGUCCUCGCUCUGCCCAGGAUUCAAAGAUGCAGUGCAAGUUUGGAAAACUGACGAUGGGCGUUGGAGAUUCGAUUUCCUCUGAGGACAAGUGUGUCUCGUGCAAGUGUACUAUUCCACCGAUGGCUCAAUGUGUUCAAAGCAGGGAUUGCUAAAGUGUGCAGUGCAUUUUUCUGUGAAGUUAAUGGUGAUUACACUAGCAUAAACUUGGGGAUCCUCAGAAACACGUGCAUCUUGAAUAAAAAAAAGGAAAAAUGGUUCAGGGCAUAAUGGUCUUUUACCUAAAAAUGUUUGGAGAAUUAGGGUGGUUCGUCGCUGUUGCAUACAUCCCAGAAAUUGAAUCAAUAUGUAAGAGAAGAGAACCACACUAAUUCUCGGAACAAAUUUU